UUAAAAAAAUGUGUUAGCCAUGUCAUUUGCACCAAGUGACUCUCAUGAGGCACAGGUAUAUUUAUUUCACACUAGAAUUAGGUGUUCCUGCAGUUGUAGGUGUUUUUGGAUCAAUUAAGCUUCCAUACCCAACCUGAGCCUUUGAUAUGUCUCGCUUCGUUCAAGGUGCUUGAUUCCAGGGGAUCCAAACAGUGAGAACUGACGACAAUGUUUCUUCUUUUUAUUCCCUGGGUUCAUUCUUUCCAUCCUGUGGGAACUAAGCUUCAUCCUUGAAAGCUUUUCAUUCCCUCAGAGGUAAAAUACCAUUCCACCUAGAAUAGUUAGUGAUUCUGUGCCUGGGUUCUCAGUCAAAUCUUAUAAAAAAGGUCAACAGAGUGGCAAAAGCAUGUGAAAGCCUAUGAGAAAUAUCAAUAAAUUAUUUGACACCGGAAGGUACCACAACAUAGAUGGAUAUAAAUGCAGGUUUGGUAGUCUUGCAGCAGCAAUCGAGUCUCCAAAAUGAUGGGUGAUGAAUGUUGUUCUUACAAUUGCUGAGAUCUCCAUGUUAGGUUGCUUAAUGCUUCUGAACAAGAAUUUAGAUUCUCAGAAGAAGAAGGUUGAAUGUUCACAUUGCAGAUGAAUCUUCUACUGAUGUCAACUUAAACCUUCUUUUGAACUGACUCAGGUAGUAAUUUCCUUCUCUCUUACUCUGACUAAUAAUUAUCCAAAAACUUAUUAGGUACCUCUACCUUGAUUGCUUAUGAGAAGCAGUCAAGUAUAAUCAUCUGUUGCAAGUUUGUGUUUUAUGCUUUAUUUCUGCCUUCCUUUUCUUAACUUUUCCCUUUUGGCUUAGGUGUGAAGCUUUUUGAACUCGAGGAUAUGAAGAGCUCAUUCAUGCCAAUGGUGUGUCUUGGGAAGUUUUUUAGGGUCUAUAUUUUAAGCUUGAAUUUUGAAGGCUAAACAUAAAAAAAAUACCUUGAGGGAUAAGUAUGUAAUUUUAUCAAUUGGGUGUCGGACGGGUUCGGGUAAGAAGGUUGCUGGGUCUGAUUCGGAUUCGGAGUCGGAUUACGAUUCAGUUGGGCGGGUAGUUCGUCCCGGUUGAUUCGGCCGUGUGGGUCCCACAGGCAGCACCAAAACACCAACCACGUCUGCGAUCGUGUGGCCGACGUGCGGGUCCCUUGCGCAAUCGUAAGAUGUCCCCACCGAUCAUACGAUCAAGUUCGUGUGCGACUCUUAAAGCGCGAGGCCCUCCGGCACAUCAUACGAGGGAAAGUUUGGGCGCGAAUCUUAAAGCCCGGGACGAAGGCAGAUCCCUCGUCGGCUUCGAUGAAGCGGCUGUGGUGUUAAAUAUACUCCCACGGUAUCGUUUUGCGUUGAUUGGCCCUCUUUGCAAUAGUCAUGCAGCCUUUAAUAUCAUCGGGACACGCCUUUUCGGAAAGUAGGGAGAGAGAGGAUGGAAAUUCGUCACGUCUGUUACCUACUUAGGGAACGCGAGAGUGAGAAGCGUGGGACUUCCUCCAGGCGUUCGAGCAACCGAGAGUGGAGUUGGUGUGAAGCACGCGAAAAGAAGGAAUGGGUUCCGGUGCUCUGUUUAGGUUUCUUGCUAUGAACUUCGAUGUUCUCGCCGGGCCUCUGGUUACACUUGCCUAUCCUUUGUAUGCUUCAGUGAGGGCAAUAGAAUCUAAAUCUCCUGUAGAUGAUCAGCAGUGGCUUACUUACUGGGUGUUGUAUUCUUUACUUACAAUCUUUGAGUUGACAUUUGCGAAAAUCAUAGAGUGGCUCCCCUUUUGGCCUUAUGCAAAGCUGACUUUCAGUUGCUGGUUGGUUUUGCCAUACUUCAGUGGUGCUGCAUAUGUUUAUGAACGUUUUGUGAGGCCACUGGUUUUGAAUCAUCAGACAGUGAACAUAUGGUAUGUCCCUCCAGAUAAAGGUAUCUUCAGUAAGCCAGACGAUGUUUUAGUAGCUGCAGAGAAAUUCAUUGAAGAAAAUGGACCUGAAGCAUUUGAGAAGCUUAUAAACAAGGCUGGAGGUGGGCCAAAGUCGAAGAAGAGCCACAAGCGUGUGACCUUCAACGAGGGUGAGGCUGAAAGGGAAUCCAAGUCCGGGAAAGGCAACAAACAUGUGAGAUUCAGUAAAUUGAAUGCUGAGAAGGAAUCAAAAUCUUCAAAGAGCAAUCGGUUUGUGACCUUUGCUGAGACGGAGCAUGAAAAGGAUUCAAGGACCUGGAUGGAUAGCAGUCUUACAAUCUUCGAUGAUGGUAGUCGAUAUUGGAAUUAGAACUUCAAGUCAUCUUGGCAAUCUGAAAACAUCCUAAUAGUUUGGAAACAAUACGUAACAUAGUGAUAUCCUCUCAGCUUCCUGUUGAACAGCUAGAUUCAUGGUGUUCUCGGUUUUUUCAUCCAGUGAUCUUGUAGUCUACUUCUUGCUAGUGACAAUUGAGAUAUGUGUGCACUAA